AUGGAGGAAACCGCAGAAGAAGUGAAAAAAGAAACCAAAAGAGACAUCGCUAGAGAAGCUAUGCAAAUAACUUCAGCCAAUUUCUUGAUUUCUGUGAAAGGUCAAGUUGUCAGUGGUUUAUUUCCUGGUAAAGACAAUAUUUAUUGCAAAUAUUGUUUUCUUUUUGGCGAAGAUUGGAUGGUGGUUAGCGGACAAGAAGAAAGCUGCUCUCAAGUUGCCAGCACAACCAGAGAUUCACGUUCUAUGUCAAUAUGGAAUCUAUCAAUUGAUGUUACUUUUCGAAGCAGCAAUCCAUUUAAAUGGCCAUCAAUCAUUUUCUCUGUUUAUGGAUUGGAUUCAUUUGGAAAUGACGUCGUUCUCGGCUAUGGUGCAACUCAUAUUCCACCAAUACCUGGUCAUCACACUCGGCGAAUUGCAGCUUUUGUACCUCAAGCAUCGUCACUUUUUGCAUCAUUUUCUUCGUGGCUUCUGGGUAAACAGCCCGAAUUUAUUGACAGUAAAAUCGUUGGACAAUCAGAAGACCGAGGAGUCAUAAAAGUCAACACGAAAGGAUUUAUUGAAGUUGAAUUUGACGUGAUCCUCAAAGAUUUUCGGAAAUAUGGUUAUCGAUAUAAGUAA